CCUCAUCAACAACAUGGUUAAUGUCUUUGCUGUCCAGAUAUUCUUUAUCGUCUUCCGAGAAUGUCUCGAGGCUGUUAUUAUCGUCUCCGUGCUUUUGUCCUUUCUCAAACAAUGCUUGGGCCAGCCUCAUCAAGAUCCAACCAUUUACAAACGGCUGCGAAAACAAGUUUGGCUGGGCUCUAUCGUGGGUGUGAUCUUCUGCCUGAUAAUUGGAGGAGUUUUCAUCGGUAUCUUCUAUGCAUUAGGGGAUGAUAUUUGGUCAUCCUCCGAGGACCUGUGGGAAGGCAUAUUCUAUCUUAUUGCAACGAUCAUUAUCACGAUCAUGGGAUUGGCUCUACUACGUAUCAACAAGUCCAAGCAAAAAUGGCGCGUGAAGAUUGCCAAAGCACUGAUGGAACGAAAUAAGGGCUCGUCCCGCUGGGCGCGUGGCGACUGGGGCCGCCGUUAUGCGAUGUUCAUUCUACCGUUCGUUACAACAAUGCGUGAGGGCGUGGAGGCGGUUGUCUUUGUUGGGGGCGUCUCAUUGGGAUAUCCGGCUACUGCGUUUCCCCUGCCCGUGAUAACGGGAAUUAUAACUGGCUUAUUGACUGGUUGGCUGAUAUACCGAGGCGGCAACGUCAUGUCAAUUCAGAUCUUUUUGAUUGCCUCGACCUGCGUGCUGUACCUAAUCGCAGCCGGCAUGUUCUCCAAGGCAAUUUGGAGUUUACAAUAUCACGUCUUCGCUGUCAAGGUUGGAAGCGAUGUCGCUGAAGUUGGGUCAGGGCCGGGCUCCUACAACGUCAAAGAGGCUGUGUGGCAUGUCAACUGCUGUAACCCAAAGACUGAUAAUGGGUGGGAUGUUUUUUAUGCCAUUCUAGGCUGGCAGAACACGGGCACCUACGGGUCCGUCAUUUCAUACUGCGCCUACUGGAUUCUCAUUAUCGCCUGUAUUUCAUGGAUGAUGUAUGAGGAACGAACUGGGAGCGUUCCUCUUGCUCAUAGAUUUUGGAGCGUGGUGGCCCUUAUUCCCCUGCUGAGGAGCUAUUCAAAAAAGAAGCUGGAGACAAUGGAUGCGAAACAGCAAGAUAUUGUUCGGAUGGUCAAUUCUGCCAUGUUCCUUGAGUCUACGGCGGCAGAAACAAGCAAGGCGACCCAACAAGAGUGACGAACUGAAAGGAAUAUCGACUCGAUGCUAGGACAAUGGAUGCGGAAGGGGAUUAACCUUAUGGCCUUCGUUGGAAUCAUUCCCUUUAUUCAAGUUGCCAACAGGUAUUUCUCUUCGCUUCUAGUUCUUGUGCCUUCUUUCUUCCCCAGAUUCGUGACCUUGGUUUAAUGAUACGAGUUGAUUCAUGAUCAUCUUGCUGAUCAUAAGAAGUAAAUUAAUUGAGUCUGGGUGCUGCUGCGCGU